GGUACUAGCUUGAUCCAUCAUGGGAGACAUGGAGGAAGGUGCAAAUGUCCAACGACCACCGCUGUUACGUGGACCAAAUUACAAUUUUUGGAAGGGGCGCAUGAGAGCUUUCUUAAAGUCCCAUGGCGGGAAAGUUUGGAGAAGCAUAGAAACUAGGUGGACAGAACCCACAGAGACAAACACAGAAGGAGAGAAGGUGGCAAAAUCCUUUGAGAAAUACUCAAAGGAAGAAGCAACACUGGCGGAAUGCAAUGAUAAGGCACUCAAUGCACUAUUUGGGGCAGUUGACAGCUCACAGUACCGACUCAUUUCAAAUUGCACUGAAGCAAAGAAGGCCUGGGAUAUCCUUGAAACCACACACGAAGGAUAUGAACGAGUAAAAACUGCUAAACUGCAGAUUCUUAUGACCAAAUAUGAGAAUCUGCGCAUGGGUGAUAAAGAAAAAAUAGCAGAAUUUCAUGGGAGAGUAAGAGAACUGGCGAAUGAGGCUGAAAACCUGAAAAGGCCCUUCACAGAAGAUAGUCUAGUGUUGAAGGUAUUGAGAGCUUUACUAGAGAGUUAUGCAAUGGAUGCCAAAGCUAUUCGCCAAGCACAUGACAUAAAGAACAUGACGCUUGAUCAGCUGAUGGGAAAUCUUGAGACCAUUGAGCUUCAAAUGAACGAAGAAAUUAACCAGAAGAAGAGUGUCAAACAGAUUGUAUUUCACAGCCACAAUACUGAAGAAGAUGAUGAUGAUGAGGAUCCAUCAGAUGGAGAUUAUCAAGAACAGUUAUCCCUCAUCACCAAGCAGUUCAAGAAGCAAUGGAUGCAGAAGAAAGGAAGAACAAAUUAUCAAGCUGAAUCUUCAAAGGGAUUUCAAUUUAGAAAUCAAAGGCCAAAGGAGAGCAGGGCCCCAGCUGAUGACUCCAAACGAAUAGGACCUCAAUGCUUUGAAUGUGGGGGAUUUGGGCACAUACAAUCAGAACGUGCAAACAACCUAAAAAAGAUACGGCAAGCCUUUGUGUCAACCUGGAGCGAUGAAGAAGACGACUCUGAAGAAGUCCUAGGGAACAACAACUGUGCAUUUACUACUCAAACACAGAAUGAAGAACCAGACGUUCUCACUAACGGACUUGUGAUGCUGCAGGAAGAGUUGAAUAGCCUUCGUAAAAAGCUUGAUGAAACCAUGCAGCAACUGGUUGAAACACACUUGACACAACCUGUCCUAAAAGCUGUCAAUGGGUUGGAACACUUACUAGUUAAUACAGCUAAAACCUUUGAAUCUGAAAACGAGGAACAAUCUGCAAUACACACAGCUACACAUAAGGCAAGUGUUGAAGCUUUGGCAACCACCAUUGAUAAUGGUAGGGAUGCUGAGGCUCCUGCGCCAACUGGCAGUGCUGAAGACAAAGGUGUGUUGGCUGAGUUGGAACAAAUCCGGGUUAGUGAGGAUGCUCCUACUAACAAUGACCCUAAUUCCAGGAUUGAACCAAGCUGUGAGGCACACAAACUGUCCCCUAAGACAGAUUUGGAAGGCACACAGUACGAAGAAGAAUUCCCGCCCCUCUCUAAAGAGUCUGUAACUGUUACACUGGAUGAUUCUCCAGCCCAAAAUCAAAGUAGUGAUGCACACACUCUUUCCCCCGAGAAAGAGAUGGAUGGCACACUACCCCCUUCAAUGAAUGGAGAUGAUGAAAAUAUUUCUGAUCCUACACAUAUCACAAAUAUCCCCCCACCUAUAACUAACUAUGCAGGUCAUGACCCAACUACUAUUGGACCUAUUCUUUAGUCUUUUGAGGUGGAUGGUGAACAUUAUGAAAUCAGGUCCUACGUUGAAGAAGCGGAGACAAGUAACCAAAGGGAGGAGCCUGACUUCAAAGAUGUCCAGAGCAGACGCAGCAAAAAAGUGGGGAAGAGGGGAACUGCACCAAGGACGAUUAAAACUAGAAGCUAUGA